AUGUGUGGUAUCUCGGCCGUAGUCUCGCUGUCACCCAAACCUCUUGACCCAAGCAUCGCAAAACGCGAAGACGGAUUAACAACUUCGAAACUUGAUCAGAGUCUCGAAGCCAUCGAACAUCGAGGUCCUGAUGCUCGCGACACAUGGACAAGCAAGGACGGCAGAGUCGCUGACGAGUCCACACAGNCUCUUGGUCAUGUCCGCCUCGCCAUCAACGAUCUGAGUCCCGAUGGAGAGCAACCCUUCCACUCUUCUGACGACCAUAUACACGCUGUUGUCAAUGGAGAACUCUACGACGCGGACGCAAUCCGUGAACGACUUGUCAAGGAAACUGGCGUGACCUUCAAAGGCAAGAGUGACUGCGAGAUUGUCAUUGCUUUAUACCAGACCUACGGAACAUCUUUUCUAAGACACUUGCGCGGCGAGUUCGCUCUCUGCCUGUACGAUUCGAGGACAAAAUUUUUCAUCGCUGCACGCGACCGAUAUGGAAUCAAGCCAUUGUUCUAUACACAGAUUGACGGCAAUCUACAUGUCGCGGCAGAGAUGAAAGCCUUCCGUCCAUUUGGCUGGAGUCCAGAGUGGGACGUAAAAAGUAUUCUCGACCGCAAAUGGUUGUUCGGCCAACGAACUGCUCUCGACAAUAUUCUCAAGGUGAAACCUGGUUCCUACUUCACUUGCGAUGCAACUGGAUACGUUGAGCACAACAGCUACUGGGAUCUUGAGUAUCCUGACAAGCAACGAACCGAGCAAGAACUCAUCCUGGGUGUGAGGGAAAGGUUGCUGGACGCUGUGCGUGUUCGACUCCAAGCUGACGUCCCUGUUGGUGUUUUCCUCAGUGGUGGCAUCGAUUCGUCUGUUAUCGCAGGUAUGGUGGCCCAUUUGGUCAAGACAGAAGGAGUCAAGCUCGGAAGCAAUGAGGGUAUGGGCAACAUCCAUUGCUAUACCGUCGGUUUCGACGAAGAUAGCGGCUUUGAUGAGUCUGNNAUUGCCAAAAGAACAGCAGACUUCCUAGGCGUCAACUACCAUAAGACACACAUGUCAGAGCAGGUCUUGGCCGACAACUUCGAAGAAGCCACUUGGCAUAACGAGCAUACCAUGUCCGAUCUCAACUAUAUUGGCAAAUUUGUUCUCUCCCGCGCGCCUCGGGAGCAUGGAGUCAAGGUGGUCUUGACAGGCGAAGGCGCCGAUGAACACUUCGGAGGCUAUCCAACCUUCCUGCCUGACUAUCUUGCAGAGUUCGACCAUUCUUGGCCAAAAUACAAUCUCUCCGAGGCCGAACGUCAAGCUAUAUGGAAUGACCCGAAACACCACCCAAGCCAUUUUUUCAAAAUCAAGGAUGCAGCGGCAGAUGGCGACAAACCAAGACUGGUCAGCCCUGCGAACACACAGCUCAACAACAUCAGUACCCUCGAGUCUGUCGGCGCAACAUUUCCCAAUGUGUUCAACGACUGGACUUCGGAGCUGGGUGAAUACUCAAUCAAGGACAGCAUUGCAGACAACGUAGAUGGUCGCGUGAAAGGCCUUAUGACUGACAAGUGGCAUCCCCUACACACAGCUCAGUAUAUCUGGACCAAGGGAAUCCUGGCCAACGCGAUACUUACUUCUUUAGCCGACCGUGCGGAAAUGGCACACAGCCUCGAGGCAAGACCGCCCUUUNUGGACCACCCUCUGACAGAAUACGUCAAUCAAAUCCCGCCCAGUCUGAAGAUUCGUUGGGAUCCGAUUGAGCAACGAACGACCGAGAAAUGGAUCCUUCGCGAGGCUUGUAAGCCCUUCAUCACGCAAGAAAUCUAUGAGCGCAAGAAGCAUGUGUACUCUGCUCCACCAGCAUGGCCUGUCGAUGGGCCAUUGCAUAAGUUGAUGCAGCGAUUGGUCACUCGCGAGAACAUUGAGCAAUUGGGAUUUGUGCAGUGGGACAAGGUCAAAGGAAUUGUACCAAAAGCUUUUGAAAACCGCGAUGAGUCGUGCUUUAGACUUUCUUGGAUCCUGGCCCAAUGGGUGGUGCUCGGUCAGAAGUUUGGAGUUCAGAAAGCGCGGCCUUGCGUGUAG